AUGGCACCAUCAUAUGCUGCACCGCAGCCUCCCAGCGAGCAAGGCGAAAAGCCAGUGACAGUGCUAGUCACUGGAUUCGGUCCCUUCCUAACCCGCUUCCCCAAAAACUCCUCCUGGGAAAUCGCCUCCACCCUCCCCAGCCUGCUCCCUUCUUCCCCCACCAACAAAACCCCCAUCCACAUCCAUGUCCACCACGAACCCAUCCGCGUCGCCUACGCCACCGUCCUCAAUCUCGUCCCCAAUCUGCUCCCCCCAGGAAACCCCAUGUACCCGUCCCCAGAUAUAAUCCUGCACAUUGGACUCGCCGCAGGCCGCAACUACUACGCCAUCGAGCAAGGCUCACGGAGCCGCGGUUACGGUAACAUCGCCGAUGUAGAUCGCCAGCGCUUCGACGACGACAGCGCUGAAAAGCAAUUUCCCGCUUCAAAGUUCCCAAGUACGCUAUCGACGAGUUUCGAUACCAAGGAUGUACUCGCGUGCUGGAAGGAGUCCUUGAAAUCUUCAUCUCCCUCCUGUUCUUCUUCUGAAACUGCUAGCAUAAAGGUCCCAGAUGUAAGGAUUAGUACUGAUGCGGGGAAUUUCUUGUGUGGAUUUAUCUAUUAUAAUAGUCUAGCGCAUUACUAUAGUAUCAAGGAGGAUGAGCGGCCCGUCGUCUUUUUGCAUGUCCCCGACUUGACGAGUAGUGAGGACAAGAUGAAGGAGGGGUGGGAGGUUACGGUUGCGUUGAUCAAGGCGCUCGUGGAGAGUAGGCGUAAGGCGGGGGGUGUUAUUGUGGAUGGGGAGAGACAGAGUCAAGAGGCGCAGGAUGGGACAGAUGGAGUGCAGACGGAUAACAAUUUUGCUUAG